AUGGGUGAUGAAAAGAGGACCAACGAAUCCGAACAAAUUAAUCUUAAAGUAUUGGGACAAGACAAUGCUGUGGUACAGUUUAAAAUUAAAAGACACACGCCGUUGAGAAAAUUGAUGACUGCCUAUUGUGAUCGUGCUGGCAUUAGUAUGCAAGUUGUCAGAUUCAGAUUUGAUGGUAAUCCAAUUAACGAAACAGAUACACCAACCACCCUUGAUAUGGAAGAAGGGGACACAAUUGAAGUUUACCAACAGCAAACUGGUGGAAACUGUUAA